AUGAGUGUCUUCGGUGAUUUUCAACGUGUGUGGGUGCAACGUUUUCCUGAGAGUGCUUUACCAGCAGCUUGGGAAGAAGAUGUCAGGGCCAAUUUAUCUAAACACAAACAAAAAGUUGCUAUAUUGAGAGAAGAAUUGGAGAAGGAAGAAUUUUAUGUAGAGUACUUGGAGACACUACUUUCAGAUGUUGAGAAACAUAAAGCUGCCGCACAAAGCAAUCGGACGGCUCCGCCCUCGGGGGGUGACGUGAACGAUCUCGACGAUAAGAGAUCUGAUAGCAAGCAGGGUACCAACUAUGAUUCUUUGCCUAAGGACAUUGAGGCAAAUGUCGUAAGUAAUGAAAGUGAUGAAUCCACACCAGUGGAGACAGCAGAAUGUCAAGUGCAAUUGAGGAAAAAGCCUGUUCGCAUAACUGAAAGGAGCUCUGUUAAUCAAUGUAUCAAUGAACUGUCUUCUAACUUAGCAUCUGAAGCAGCUCGAAGAAGAUGUAAUAGUGAGAUUUUCCAGAGAAACGAUAUAAAGCAAGAAAAUAAUGUAGGAGUAGAUUCAAGUCCAAAUCAAGCAAAAAACCGUCCAACAUCACAAAUUGGUGAUUUCGUAACAGUCAUCGAAGUAAAUGGUCUGAAAUUAGCAGAAUCAGCGUCCAAAAAGACGGAAGAGUCACAGCAAUCGUCGGAAGGGAGCCCCGUCGAUCCUGUAGCCAUUGCCAAGAAAAAAGUUCCACCAAAACCCCCGCCAAAGGUGUUCAGCAAACGCGGCGCCUCUUUACCUGAGACUGGUUUAGCAGAAGAUAGUCCACCAUCAUCUUUAGGGCGUAGAAUCCGUAACGCGGAAUCCCGCGAGUCCAUCGCCAGCAGAGCGUCGACGCCUUCCAUUAGUGAACGAGUUAAGAGCUACGAGUCUAUAAAUUCGCUGUCAUCAGAACGUAAACGAUCUGGUGGUGCGGCGACACCACGGUCUAUUGACGAAGAAGCUAUAUCUACCACUCCAGACUUAGGAGAAGGUACCGACGCCGAUAAAUCAGCACCAAUAUCACUAGAAAGUAUCCCGGCAGUUUUACCUGGUUCUGAAGAAGAACCGUACUACGAUCAAGUUCCAGUGGACAUUAAUGAUGGAGAGUACGUUUAUAUACAAGCAGGAGGUACAGGAUCAAGUACAGAGGAUGCUUCUAGCGGCACGAGUACAUUGCCACUUGCGGCAGCAACUCUCUCGGCCGUGGCACCCACUGCCCCGCGCGCCCCGGACUCACCCCCCUGCGCGCCCACCGCACCCAACUACGUCAACAUACAUUACUUUAUACAGGAGGGAGGUGGCGAUGCUGAAACUAGCGAUACUGUAAGCGAAUUAGCAGAUUCCAGCGAUACCCCUCUAUUUCUAAGAACGAUAUCCUCAGACACUGAAGCCAGUGCCACUCCACCUGCAUUAAGGAAACUGCAGACACAGGAGUCGAGCAGCAAUAAUGCGGAGGCCGAGCGUCUAACUAUGCAUCACUGCAUAAUUAAGAGCAUCAUUGAGAGCGAAACUGUUUAUGUUGAAUGCCUUUACGUUAUGGAAAAGUAUAUGAAUGCAAUAAAAGCGACACUUUCAACAUCACAGCCAGUCAUAACUGAAGAAGAGUUUAAUACUAUUUUCUAUAAAAUAUCCGAACUGCAUGAAUUGCAUAAGAAUUUCCUUGAUGGACUCAACACUGCAGUAGCAAGUUGGGAAGAGCCUCUUUCUGUUGGGAUACAUUUCAAGAAAAUGGCUGAAAACAUAAAUAUCUACGGCGCGUUUCUACACAAUUACGGACGAGCGACAGAUGCAGUACGAAGACGUUGUUCGUCGUCACAAAGCUUUGCGCACCUCACCAAACAGAUCUCGUGUCAUGGACAACCAAUGUCACUUGACGAUUUGUUACACAAGCCUGUAGCAAGGGUACAGAAAAAUGCACUAGUCUUACAUGAUCUUAUAAAGUAUACCCCAGCCAGCCACCCAGAUCACGCCAUGUUGACGGAAGCUCUCAACAUGACUCAGCAUUUCCUAGAUGAAUUCAAUAUUAUACAAACUAAAUCUAUGUUCCCGAACGCUGAUAGAGCACAAAGAAGACUUGUCAAGAAUUCUUUUAUUGUUGAACUCUCAGAUGGACACAGAAAACUAAGGCACCUGUUCCUUUUUAAUGACGUCAUUGCUUGUGCUAAGUAUAAGGCGUCAGGUCGCGACAAGUUCACAUUUGAACUGAAGUGGUUCAUUCCCUUACCGGACAUAGUGGUGGUAGAGGACGAGGCUAUCAGCGUUAGCGCAGCGGACACGCGCGAAACAUCCCCGGCCAACAUCGUAGCGCUCAAGUCGCAAGCCUCCACCGUACGCGAUCAGAUACUGGCGGAAGAAAGAGCUUCCACUGAUGACAAGAAAAUUCGGCUCGGUGGGCGAGGUGGUGGGGAGAAGCAGCGCAAGAAGCUAGCGGAGCUGGAGGCGCAGCUGGUGCUGGCCUCGCCCAACCUCGUGUUUCGCGUGGGCGCGCGCGCGCCCGGCUCGUCGUCGCUGCAGCGCCAGCACAUAUUCUUCCUCAGCUCCGAGUACGAGCGUACGCAGUGGGUCGACUCCAUACAUGCGCUACAGGCAUCGUCUGCUCCGCCGGCUGGAUCUAAUGCAAUAUCGAUGUUAGAAUUGCAAGCUUGGGUAACAGCAUGUCGGAGUUACUUGCAGACUGAUAUGGGUUCGUACCUACUCCGCAGCGGAAGGGACGACUCGUUGCUUCUUGGGGACCUGCAACUACACAUCGGGGGAAUGACUGCACCGUUAGAUACUGCAGCUGAUUACUACAUCGUUGUGGAAGUAGAUUCUUAUGGGCAUUACUUCCGCAAAGCCAAGUCGAAGCUGGUCUGUCGUAGUGCGCAACCACGAUGGAACGAGAGCUUUACGCUAGACUUAGAGGGAUCGCAGAACCUGCGUUUGCUAUUGUACGAGGAUGCCGCCAGACCCGUGCUGCGAGGAAAAUGUACAAUCAAGCUGUCCCGCGAGUGGGUGUCGGAGGUGGCGGGCGGCGGCGGCGCGUCGCGCACGGUGCUGGUGGGCGGCGGGUCGCUGACGCUGCGCCUGCGCCUGCUGCCGCCCGAGCGCUCCGCGCGCCGCGUGCCCUCCGCCAAGCCCGGCGCGCUCUUCGGCGCCAAGAUCACGCACGUCGCCAAGCGUGAAAAACGCAACAUCCCAUUCAUAAUAAGCGCGUGCGUCCGCGAGGUGGAGCGCCGCGGUAUUCACGAGGUUGGUGUGUAUAGAGUCUCCGGGAGCGCUUCCGACCUCAACAGACUUAAGAAGAGUUUUGAGACCAAUGCUUAUGAAGCAGAGCAAUUGUUGAAGGAAGUAGAUAUUCAUUCUGUCACCGGCGUCUUGAAACUAUAUUUGAGAGAGCUUCCCGAAGCGUUAUUCACCGACGCUCUUUACCCAGAGUUAUUAAAAGCGUGGGGCUCCACACAGGGUGCUGGUACGUCAGUCGAUUCAGGGCCAGCUCAAACAAGGCGAGUCGCGCUGCUGAAGUGUUAUGCUCAACUGCCGGAUCUCAAUAAGAACUGUAUAGACUUUCUGCUAAAUCAUUUCGUAAAGGUGAACCAACACGAGGCAGACAACAAGAUGUCUCUUCACAACUUGGCGACGGUGUUCGGGCCGACGUUACUGCGGCCGUCCAGCGCGGGCGCCGGCUCCAAGCAGCGCACCGACCUGCUGGCGGCCAGCACCGUGGACGCCAUGGCGCAGGCCGGCAUCCUCUACUCCUUGCUGCAGCAGCGACAGCUCGCCGCCCAGCUCUCAUCCCACCAUCGAGUCCUUGACUAA